AGAGCUCGAAGCGCAAACUUGAUAUCAACCUGACUGCCUUGACCGUGCGUUCUUCGCUCAACAACCACCACCACCUCAAGGCAUCAACGAUGGCCGCCAUCACCGCGCCUCUGGCCAAGGCCCCCAUUCCCGUCCAAGCAGCCGAGCCCGAGCCCGGCGACUACUUCACAGAUCUGCAGUGGGAGGUUCUCGAGUCUCUCAUCGACGCCGUCGUCCCGGCGAUUGUGGUGGCCUCGGACGGCAACAGUGACCCUGGCUCUGCACUCACCGCCAACGACACGCACAAGCAGCUUGUCGUCACCGAGGAGCAGUGCACAGAUGCCUACGACGACCUCGUCGCCACGCUCAAGCGCCCGCCCACGUAUGACCAGUUCAAGGAGUUCCUCGCGGCGCGGCCGCUCGACAACCCGCGCUUCCACAAGCAGCUCCGGCGGAUCGUGGGGCAGACUCCCAAAUCCGUCCGCAAGCGGCUCGGCGGAGCACUCGACCUCAUGACCCGCCGGACUGGCAGCCUCCUCGCGACAGGCUACUGGACGCCUCUGCACCAGCAGGGCCUCGACACCCGUGAGGCCAUCAUCAAGUCGUGGCAAAACGCGUGGACGCCCGUCUGGCCGCUGCUGGCCAAGACAUUCUGCACUCUCGCGAGGGUCAGCUGGGCGCCUACGGACCCUCUGUUCCACAAGCUCAGCGCCUACACGGACCACGUGGACGACUACAUUCCAGGAUCCGAGGUGGACUACCGUUUCCUGCAGUUCCCUCCCACCGCCACCAGCACCAGCCACGACAACGACGACGAGGAACCAGCCGUCAUCAAGACGGACAUUGUCAUCGUCGGCUCCGGCUGCGGCGGCGGCGUGGCGGCCAAGGUCCUCGCCGAGGCCGGCCACAAGGUCGUCGUCGUCGACAAGGGCUAUUACUUCCCGCCGUCGCACCUCCCCAUGGCCGGCGAGGCCGGGCAGCAGCUGCUCUACGAGGCCGGGGGUUCCCUGCAGGCGACCAACGGCGCCACGUCGCUGCUCGCGGGCAGCUGCUGGGGCGGCGGCGGGACCGUCAACUGGAGCGCGAGCCUGGCGCCGCAGGACUUUGUGCGGCGCGAGUGGGCGGGCGAGCCGGGCGGGGGGCUCGCGUUCUUCGACACGCCGGCGUUCCAGGAGUCGAUCGACCGCGUGUGCGAGACCAUGGGCGUGAGCGACGAGCAUGUGCGCCAGAACCACGGGAACCGCGUGCUGCUCGACGGGGCGGAGAAGCUCGGGUGGCAUGCCAAGGCGUGUCCGCAGAACACGGGCGGCAACGAGCAUUACUGCGGCAGGUGCAGUCUGGGCUGUGGCUCUGGCGAGAAGCAGGGCCCUGCGGUGAACUGGUUGCCCGCGGCGCAGAAGGCUGGGGCUCAGUUCAUCGAAGGUCUGAGUGUGUCUGAGGUGUUGUUUGCUGAUGAUGAUGAUGAGGAGGACGAUGAGGAUGAGGACAACGAAGACAACGAGGGUGGAAGUGGCCACGAAAAGAAGAAGAGAAGGGCGAUCGGCGUUGUCGGUCGAUGGACGGCGAGGGACAAGAACGGGUUUGUGCAUUCACCGGCUAGCGAGCGGGUGCAAAGGACUGUCCGGAUCGAGGCGAAGAAGGUCAUUGUGGCCUCGGGCUCGCUGAACAGCCCGCUGCUGCUGAUGAGGAGUGGCUUGAAGAACCCUCACAUCGGCAAGAACUUACACAUUCAUCCUUGUGGAAACCUGACUGCUGCUUUCCCCGAGGACGUGAAGGGAUGGGAGGUCCAAUCAUUUCCAGGCGGCAUCCUCACAUCCGUAGUGUCAGACUUUGAGAACCUCGACGGCCACGGCCACGGCGUGAAGCUCGAAGCCUCGUCCAUGCUGCCACACAUGGUCCUCUUCAACCUCCCCUGGCACUCGGCGCUGCAGUGGAAGACGGACGCCCUCAAGUUCCGCGCGAUGAACGCGUACAUCUCGAUCGCCCGGGAUCGCGACACAGGCAGUGUGUUCCCGGACCCGCACGACGGCAGGCCCGUCGUCGACUACGCCAUCUCCGACUUUGACCGCGCGCACACCCUCGCGGGCCUGGUCGCGCUCGCCAAGCUGUGCUAUGCGCAGGGCGCUGUCGAGAUCUGGCCGGCCGUCCCCGGCGUGCCGAGCUUCAAGCGCCGCUCGGAGCCGAGCAGCAGCAGCAGCAGGGGGAACAGGGAGAGUUCACCUGCCGACGACGAGGAAAAUGUCGAUGGCAACCAAGACCCGCUGGGCGACGACGACCCGGCCUUCCAGGCCUGGCUCCGCGUCCUCGGCACCGCGAACAACAGCCCUCCCCGCGCCCAACAUGCAUCGGCCCACCAGAUGGGCACGUGCCGGAUGUCCUCCAGCCCCGAGGGAGGCGUCGUCAACAACAAGGGUCAAGUGUGGGACACCGAGGGCCUGUACGUCGCCGACGCCAGCGUGUUCCCCUCGGCGAGCGGCGUGAAUCCCAUGAUCACGGUCAUGGCUAUCGCGGACUGGAUCGCCAGGGGGAUCCUUGCGGAUCAAUGAGGACAGAAAUGCGGACACGGAAAUAAGGAGGAAAGGGAAGAUGAUGAGAAAGGCACCGUCAGAGUUUGAUGGAAGCAUGCCAGGAAAAGAUGGCGAGGUAGAUGGUUUGAUCAGGAUGGAUGGAUAGAAUGCGGGGUUAUUCACCGCACUAGAGAUGUCAGAUAUGUUUGAAUUUUUGAAGCAAAUGCACAUCAGCCUCGUAUUGCGCAUAAUAUUUACAAAAAUACGCCAUUCAAGCAUGCCACGGCUUCAUGUUGGCACGCCAGUUUCUCUGAGUACAUAAGUCUUUGUUCGACACAAUUCGCGGUCGCAUCGGUGCCAUGCUUGCCCACCGCACAAAACAUUACAGCCACAAGUCUUUCACAAUCACAAGGUGGAC